CAUAAAUGCCACGCAUGCGCAGUAUAUCUAGCAACUUGGCAGGUGCACCCAAACAAUCGAAAAGAACACAAAGUCACAGACGACAAUAAACAUUUCGCUUGUCGACUGAACUAUAUCACAAAUAAGCAAAUAUGACUGCAUACAGGGGUGCUGACUCAAAAAGAGAAGAAUUUAGAAAAUAUUUGGAAAAGGCCGGAGUACUUGAUGCUCUUACAAAAGUAUUGGUUGGUUUGUAUGAGGAACCAGAAAAGCCAAAUAAUGCCUUGGAUUUCCUGAAACAACAUUUAGGUGCCUCCGGACCAGAUACUGCUGAUGUAGAGGCUUUAAAACUUGAGGUCACAGAACUAAGACAGAAAUGUGAGCAGCUUUCAGAACAAAAUAAUGAACUUAAAGCGAAGUUACAGGCACGUCAAAAUGAGCAGAAAAAACUUCAGCAAUAUGAGCCACCAGCAGAAGAACAAGCGCCUGAUUCAUAGAGAUUAUUCAUGUCAUCUGGAAGCUUUCAUGUGGAUAUUCAUUGACAUUUAAACCAUUCCAUUUCUAAGAUCUGUUCUGUGUACAAAAUAUUCAAAUUAUUCUUUGGUUGUUCAAUGUUUUUAUAGAAAAUAAGUGAAAAGGAUAAAAGAUUAUAUUUAAUAAUGAACAAUAAAUAAGUAUGUUGUGUACAAUGGAUUUGAUGAUAUUUGCAUAGAAUUUGUAAAAUGCUCACACAUAUAAGGGAGAAUAUAAUAAGCAAAGUUUGUGUUUUUAUGCUAAAACAUCAGCGGAAAAAAAAGACAGUUGAUAUCCAACCUACACAAAUGAAAAGUGGUUUCAUUUUAUUGGUGACUGGAGUUUUUGUUUGUUAAUUACUGCGAGUCCAGCAGGUUUUAUCUGGCCCUGUACAGAUUGUGAUAAACUUUCACAUAAAGGUUUCUUAUAAUAUGAAAAUGGUUGAAUUUUACUGUAUCUCUUCUUUAUAUACUACCAUAUUUCUCCGUGUAAAAUUCAUUUAGAAAAAAAUAUGAACUGAAAUAAUAAAAUUUUAUAAAUGAAAAUAACUUGACCAAAUACCGAAAAGGAUACCAAAAAAUUGUUGUGACGCAUUGAAUUCUUUGCAAACUAUGGUCACAAUGAGAGGUCCAAUCUUAGGGCACCAACAUGGGGAAAUAUGGUACUUUGUAUCAUUUACAAAAUGUGCAUAUUGCUCAGGACAAGAGUGAGUAAAUUACAAUAUUGACUACAUGUAAAUAAAUAUACAUCAUUUUAUUUUAAAGUUUACUUUUAAGUUAUUUUGCUUAUAGAUCAAAGGUUAAUAAACCAUACAAACUUAUCAAA